CUCUCAUCUGAAGAUUCGACGUAUGAGAAGGCUGUCUCCGAAUGUCAUGUGAUCAAGGAAAGUCCGCUGUUCACUGAAGGACUAUUGCUGAAAUGUAUCGACCUAAAACCCCUGUUCCCGUAUCUACACUUUGCGCAUUUCUCAUCGGCCGACUACAGUAAUCGCACCGGAGAAGUGACGCAAGAUGUUACGAUGAGGUAUACACCAUCCAGAAAGCAGCCACCUCGGCAGAAAAUCGACUUCCGGCUCAUCGCCAUGCCGGGAUACAUCGUCAUCGGAUUUAAACUGCUGGAUGACGCCUCAAAGCCAACCGCCCUCGAAAAGACUUGGCUGCAAUGGUCGGGUGCCCGCGAAAUCUACAAAUAUUCCCCGCGGAACUGGAAUCUCCGCAGAAUAUCCCUACUUCGCCACCCGAAUGUUUAUCGCAACGGUCUUCCGCGCCCAUUUGCCUACGUCCUUCUGUGUGAGUACGGCUCGAUCCUGCACCCAGCCAACACAGUACAAGCCCUGGAUAUGUGUGAGAGGAUGAGGGUUCGAAAUUGUGGGCACGUCGCGUUGUAUCAAGUACACACCGCCUACAACUCUAGUCCGCAAACUGUUGUCAGCCAGUCGUCCCCGCAACGUGUUGUUAAGCGGAACCCAAUGUUGCGCGGCUUCAGCCAGGACGUUGAAUCAACGGAGGCCCGGAGACAGAAACUGCGCCCGAUGCGCGAUCGAAGUUUCGUGCACGACGAGGCAAAAGUACUG